CCUCUUUCAAGUCUGCAAAAUAUUGUAUCAGUGAAUACAGUGUAUCACAGAUCGAUAGGUUGGUUGUUAUAGACGACACAUGUUGACACGAAGACCUUUAUAUUCAUUUGAGUUUUCAAGGAAGAGAAAACAAGUCAAUCUUAAUCCUCAAUGGCCCUGUAAUAAAAUCUAAUAUGGCUUUGUCGUGUAUUUUGCCAAACGCAGACUUUGGGACUUUGCAUCGUGUUGGACUUUCCUCCUCAGCAGCCGAGACAUGUAUAAAGAAACGCUUUACCGUGUUCGGGUCCAUAUCGGUGGGAGGGAUUCUUGUUGCAGGAGGAAACUUUGGUGGUGGUGUGCAGAGCGCACAGGCUGAACCCUCUAAGCGCGCAGCUCCACGCACCAGAGCGCAUCUCCCUCUGACACCUGAUGAGCGUCGUCCACACAGGACCUCAUCCUACAACUGUUCCUUUGGAUUUUUAUCAAAGCCCCAUAAAGAGAGAAGCCUGGUAAAUCUGCGAGAACAUCAGCAGUGAAUUCUAAACUGGACUUUUGAGAGAUGGAGUUGUCUUUUCGACGCAGGUGUCUCCUGCUGCUAUGUUUCACAGUGAUCCAGAGUGGCCAUGCUGCAGUCCAGACGUGCAUGGACAAGCACCAGGUGGUCGGGGUGCUCCGUCAGAUGGAGAAGUUCCUGAAAGGUCAGGAGAUGCGAUUCACCGAGGGCCUCAGGAUCAUGAAGUCCAAGCUGGCGACGCUGCAGAACUCUGUGUCCAAGUUGCCUCAAGCAGACCAGUCAGGCGCUUCCACCACCUGCCCCUCCCUGGAGGCCCCAGCUCACGGAACCAAGUUUGGCUCAAAGUACUUUGUCGGACACGAGGUCCAUUUCACCUGUUCUCAGGGCUACCACCUCCUCGGCUCAGCCACACGUGCUUGCCGGGACAACGGCACCUGGACCGGCAUCAGUGCCAUCUGUAAAGACAUAAGCGAGUGUGCAAGUAACCCCUGCCAAAACGGAGGUACCUGUGUGGAAGGUGUGAACCAGUACAAAUGCACCUGCCCUCAGAACUGGAGCGGCUCCCACUGCCAGCACCAGACCCAGACAGCACCACCUGAGUGGAGCGUCAUGAAUGACCCUGCGUUCAGCCGCAGGCCUCGCUGCGCCCAGGUGAACCGAGCCCAACACUGCAGCUGCGACGCAGGCUUUCACAUGAGCGGCACCUCCGAAAACAGCAUCUGUCAGGAUGUGAAUGAGUGUGAAGUAUACCGGCUAGACCAAGGAGGCAAGCUCUGCGUCCACGAGUGCGUGAACGUUCCCGGCUCGUACCACUGCUCUUGCCCCGGCGGCUACAAGUUGCUCCCAGAUGGGCGGAGCUGUGAGGAUGUGGACGAAUGCUUGAGCCAGCAGCACAACUGUAGCCGAGGGACGACUUGCAUCAACAUGGGGGGAGGCUUCCAGUGCGUCAACCCAGAGUGUCCCCGUUCUCAUGGCAACAUCAGCUACGUCAAGACGUCUCCCUUUCAGUGUGAGAGAAACCCAUGCCCCAUGGACAGCCGCUCCUGCCAUUUGGCCCCCAAGACCGUGUCUUUCCACUACCUGCCUCUGCCCUCCAACCUACAGACUCCCGCCACGCUCUUCCGUAUGGCGACCGCGGCCGCCCCUGGGCGCACAGGCCCAGACAGCCUGCGAUUCGGCAUUGUGGGCGGAAACUCCCGGGGCAUCUUCGUCAUGCAGCGCUCGGACAGACAGACUGGCGAGCUGAUACUGGUCCAGCAGCUGCGCGGGCCGCAGGAGAUCAGCAUUGACGUGGACAUGUCCGAGUACAGCGACCGCGCCUUUCAGGCCAAGCACGUGGCCAGGGUCCACAUUAUGGUCUCACCUAACAACUUCUGAGGGCAAGGUUUGAGGAGGGAGACAGUGGACACAGAAGAGGAAGAAGAAAGAAAAUCGUUCCUCAUCCCCGAUCAGAGAUGAAUUUAUAUGAGCUGCCAGUCGCAGGCCUAAUUACCAAAAGAGUGGGAGAGUGACAAGACAAUAUUUAACAGUUAUAUUAUGAAUGUAACAGUAUAUGGCAGAAACACAUCAUAGAAGCUUCUUUAGUCAGGAUGAGCUAUGACUGAUGAUGUUUGACUGAGGGAGUCUGAAUGCAUGAAAUCUAGCUAAAGCAUAAUGAACAUGUAGGGAGGGAUGGAACUAUUACUGCUGCUUUAUGUUUGUAUUUCUGUCCAUCAUAGAUCAUGUCUGAGUAGCUCAGGGUCCGGCCCUGGGGCUGAUGCACUGCCUCGCUUUAUUGGUGAUAAAUCCCUAUAAGACAUUAGUGCUCCUGUGGCUCUAAUUUAUUGGAAAUAUUGUCGCUGGAUUUUACAUUGUAAUGCCACAUGUUUAUCUUCUAUAAUAUUCUGUAUAUUUGUUUUUUUUUGUACUAGCUUGCUUCAUUUAAAGUACCGGUCAUUUAACUAUGGGAGUUGUUUUUUUUAAACAGUAGACGCAGUAUUGUACCAGGGCGUUUGUUUUUAUUCUCUAUUCAAGAGUGUGGUCUUACAGGUUGAGAGCAGGACUUAUUUAUUUCAUGUUCAAGUGUUGUAAGGCUUUCACUCAAAAUGGUGCACUUGCUUGCACUUGGACAGACAUCCUGCGCUUCAACAUCAGCUCUUCCUCUCACGCUCAAGCUUCUGUGAACAUAAUCAUCUCGGAUUUCUCCUCUGCUCGUGGAUUCUUUCUUCUGCACUUGAAAUUCUUUGUGCAAAGUCGUUUUUUGGUUUUAUUCACGCACAGAGGCAGCAUGAGAAUAACAACUGAAGCGCAAGCGAAGAAAGUCUGUCAAAGCAACAAAACAAAAUCUGAGUAAGGGCAUAGUUUGAGCUAAGCAGCGCUUAUUUGAGUGCAAGCGCAGGGUUUUGAGUGAAAGCAUAACAAAAUCUGAGCAUAAAAUCCAUUAGUCCUGUACUAAAGCUAUUGAAAAAAGAUAAGAAAAAAACUCCAUAAUAUAACAUUUCUCUGUAUGUUACCCAGAAAUUUUCUCAUAUUCUCAUUUUCGAAUUCAUAGAGGAUUUAGCGAGCUUGCCAGCGCACUACAUAAUUUAUCUGGAAUUUUAAUUGUCUGCAAAAAAAAUAAAAAAUAAAGCCAGUCCAACUUUUCAGCAUUUAUAAAA